GAAAGUAAUAGCAUAGGCAUAAUCUGGUAAAAGUGGUAACGAACCAAAGCAUGGUCCAUAAAAGAGAGAUAAGCAGAAGAAUACCCAUAAAGACCCAAUACCCUCCUCACUCAUCUCCAUUCUUGUCGUUUCAUUCAUCCUCCUAACUUGUAAAAACCUUAUAAGCUAGUUUACACCAACACUCUUCUUGUUUGCCCAAAUGGACCAACCACAACAAAACUUGGCUCAACACCAUCAAGAAGAAGAAGAAGAAGAAGAAUCAUCCCAACAAGAGGAACAAGAAGAAGAAGAAGAAGACGAAGAAGAAGAAGGAGAAGGAGAAUCUGAACCAGAAGCAGAAGCAGACACAGAUCAAGAAGAAGAAGAAGCUCUUCCUUCUGAUGAGCCACCACCCUCCACUCAAACCGAUGAUCCUCCCGUUCCUGAUCCCCCAUUCGAUCCCAGCCGAAUGAUUGGCAUUAUUAGAAGAAAAUCCUUGAUCAAAGAGUUAGCUGCUAUGUACCAUGCCGAGUGCCUUUCAUACUGUCAAGAGCUUUUGGAGCUUCAACGAAAAGGGGAUGAGCCACUAGUUGACUUGAAACAUCCAGAGGAUUUGAAGAAGGAUGCAAUCCGGCCCCCAAAGCGCCUAAAGAAGACAGCUAGACACUAGUCUGAUAUCGGUCUUUGCAGCUUACUCUCUUGAAUCUGCAUAGCAAAUUUCAUGUGGUUCCGUACUAAAGUUUGUCUGGGCAACAUUGGGAUAGAAAAACCUUCAUCUUGUUAACUACAGUAUGUGAAUGUAUUUUAAGUAAAAUUUUAAAACGGUGCAAGUACCCUGCAUUGUGGAUGAAGAACUAGCGUUGUGUAAAAAGUUUGGUAUGCCACAAGGGAGCUUUCUUUUUGAGUAGUCAUGUAUGUUCGAUUCACUUCAGGAAUUGAAAUUACAUGUCUGCAAUUGUUGUGAUGCCGUGUGAUUGUUGAUGAUUUUGUAUUAGCACACAGCAGUUUGCGGUUU